AUGGAUUCAGAAGGUACUUCUUCAAAGUAUUCACAAGAGUCUCCUUCAAAGCACAUUUCUCAACUCGAGUUAGUGAAUCGAGUAUCGGUGAAAUUUCCACCAUUUUGGGAGAACAGCCCGGAUCUCUGGUUUUCACAAAUUGAAGCACAGUUUGACAUCGCAACAAUAACCAAUGAGAACACAAGAUUCUCAUAUGUAAUCGCAAACCUCGAGGAGAAACAGGCUCGAGAAGUAGAAGAUGUCAUUAAACAACCACCGACAGAAAACCCCUACUCCUACUUGAAGAAAGUACUUAUAAGCAGACUAUGUGCUGCGGAAGAAACCAGAAUCAAACAAAUCCUCUCUGAAGAAGAGUUAGGAGAUCGCCGUCCAUCGCAGUUUCUUCGACAUUUACGUUCCCUUGCUGGCCACACGACAAUCGGUGAAAGCAUGUUCAGAUCACUAUGGAUGCAACGGCUUCCUGCGUACAUACGCGCCAUACUACAAACACAAAGCGACCUGCCUCUAGAUAAACUAGCAGCUACCGCAGAUAAAAUUUCAGAGGUACAGCCGUUAAUCCACCACGUAGAUUCAACCAAACAAGUGCACUAUAAUAAACCUUCCGAGCAACGCCAGAGUGAUCAACUGGAAGAAUUAACCAAGCAAGUGCGCGACUUACAGAAACAAAUUCGAUAUUUAAAUCAAAAAGGAAGAUCAAGAUCAAAAAGUAGAGAACGGGCGGAAUACACAAAAUGUUGGUACCAUAAUCAAUUCGGCAGAAAAGCAAGAAAAUGUCAGGCACCUUGCUCCUGGAAUACGUACCGUAAAACAUCUAAUACAAAAAACGAGGAAAAAGAUCAGUAA